CAGUCUCAAAUUAUUUCACACACAAAUUGAUGACGUAAACACAUGUGCAAACAUUUCCCCAGAAUAUCUAAGCUUGGAUAAACGAAAUGCCGCCUAAAUAUAAGUUCCAAGAAGGAGAAAAAGUUCUUUGCUUCCAUGGACCUUUAUUAUAUGAAGCAAAGUGUGUUAAAGCAGAAGUAAAAGACAAAAUAGUGAGAUACUUCAUACACUACAAUGGUUGGAAUAAAAAUUGGGACGAAUGGGUACCAGAAACAAGAGUAUUGAAGUGCAAUGAAGCUGGACAUCAAAAACAGAAGGAACUACAAAAAGCACACCAAAGUCAGAAAAAAGCAAAAGCGGCUGCUAGAAAAGCUGAACGAGAAAAGGAAAAAGCUGAUAAACAAGAUAAAGACAAGAAAGAUAAGGACAAAGAUAAAGACAAAGAUAAGGACAAGGAAAAAGAUAAAGAAAAGGAAAAAGACAAACCAAAAGAGAAAGAAAAACCAAAAGAAAAAGAAAAAGUUGAGAAAGAAAAGGGAGAUAAGGAGAGACCAGCUACACCUACUGUAGAGAAGCUGAAGAAGGAGAAAGUCAAAGAGACACCUAAAGACCAAACACCAGACAAAACAAAGAAAGAUAAAGAAGAAAAAGGGAAGGAAAGUACUGCUUCAACACCAGUUUCUUCACAAGAUUCUACUGCAGAAACCAAACGUAAACGAGGGCGGGUAGAUACACCAGUAGAUACAUUAUCAGUCUCAUCAGUGGCAUCAUCACAAGACAGUAUAACAAGUCAUACUAGUAUCACAUCAACUCCAACAACUGUAGAUCAGAAGAGGAAGAGAGCUAGGGCGGAACCUACUAUAGAAACAGAGGAAUCUUAUAUGACAAAAAUUGAAGUCAAGAUAAAAAUGCCCGAUGAAAUGAAGCCUUUACUUGUGGAUGAUUGGGAUUUAAUAACUAGACAGAAACAGCUUGUCUCCCUACCAUGCAAAACAACAGUUGAUGAUAUCCUUGAUGAGUAUGUCAAGACAAAGACAAAGGGAAAUAAUCCAAACAAAGAUGCCAUAAUAGAGAUUACACAAGGUAUCAGAGAAUAUUUCAAUAUAAUGUUGGGAACACAAUUAUUGUACAAAUUUGAAAGACCACAGUAUGGAGAGAUACUUAAAGAUCAUGUAGACACACCCAUGUCAAGUAUAUAUGGGUCCAUACACUUGUUACGACUUUUUGUAAAUCUGGGUGGAUCAUUAGCAUAUACAGCAUUAGAUGAAAAAAGUAUCCAACUUUUACUGACUCACAUACAGGACUUUCUCAAAUAUAUGCAUAGAAAUACAUCAUCCUUAUUCAAUCAUGUAGACUAUUACACUGUGGCACCACCAGAUUAUCAUCGGAAAGCUCUAAUAUGAGAACAAUUAUCGUUCUUAUUUUAUCAGAUAUUCUGCAGGCUAAAAUGAGGACACAAUAUAUUGUUGAAGUUCGUUUUAUGGAACAUGUACUGCCUGUAAACAAAGUUGCUAUUCAUGCAAGAAGGAUACCUACAUGUACUUGAACAGAGCUUAAUAUUCAGUUGUAUGAAAGCUAGAAAAUCUUUUAUUGUAUACAUAUCUUCUUGUAGGUAUAUCUUCCUUAUUGGCAAAUGUCAGAUAUCUUUGACAUCAUUUUAAUGGUUCCUUUACUUUAUUAAAAAAAAUCAGCAUUCCUGUUUUUUCUGACCUCCUUGUCACAAUGUCUAUCAACAGCUUUAUAUUCUCUGCCACUUCCUCGCCUUGGGAAGCCAUUUUUGAUGAGAUUUUCAGGUAGAAUAAAUAACUAGUUGAUUUUAAAAUAAUCAUGUACUUGUCUGUCCGACCUUGGGAAGCCCAUUUUGGAUGAUAAUUGUUAGGUAGCAUGAAUAAUUGGCAGACUUUAAAAUAAUCAUGUUCUUAUCUGCCUGACAAUGAUUUACAUGUAUGUCUGAAUUUUAAUGAUUUAUUGAUGCUAAGUUUUUUUAAAAGGUUUAUCAGUUUAAGUUAAUAGGUAAGCUAUCGUUGAUCUUAUCACCUACUGUGGCGUCUAACUUGAAUCAUGUGACCUUUAACUCAAUUUCAGUGUACUGCUGAAAUAUUUGUUAACUACACUUAGGUCUGUGAAAUCCAUAAAGUGUGACCUGACUUUGACCUAAUUUUUUCAUGGUUCAUUUAAUAAAGUUUGAAUAAGCUUUUCAGCUGUUGCCAGUAAAUGAAAAACAGAUCUUGUGUGUAGAAUAGAGGGUUCAAUUGGUUUUAACUAUUUUAGUUGUUAUUCAUGUGUAACACAAAGUGUUGAUGACCAUAUUUGCUAGUUUUUGGUGACAAUGUCAGCUUUUCCAUUACUUUUAAUAGUAAUUUUCCUGUACAGAUUUUUGUUAAGGUGUACAUGACUGUCAUAAUGUUUUUAUUAGGUUAUAAUUAGAUUUUCGGCUUCUUUAAGAUGUAAGUUUUUUAUGUAUGUAACUUUAUUUAAACUGUUUAUGUUUAAUGAACCACAUUAAGUUCUUUUGAAUUUACAAUAAGCCAGUUGAUUAUCAUGCUAGAUCUGAUAUUAUUAGCUCACCUGGCCCGAAGGGCCAAGUGAGCUUUUCUCAUCACUUGGCGUCCGUCGUCGUUAACUUUUACAAAAAUCUUCUCCUCUGAAACUACUGGGCCAAAUCAAACCAAACUUGGCCACAAUCAUCAUUGGGGUAUCUAGUUUUAAAAAUGUGUGGCGUGACCCGGUCAACCAACCAAGAUGGCCGCCACGGCUAAAAAUAGAACAUAGGGGGUAAAAUGCAGUUUUUGGCUUAUAACUCAAAAACCAAAGCAUUUAGAGCAAAUCUGACUUGGGGGAAAAAAUGUUUAUCAGGUCAAGAUCUAUCUGCCCUGAAAUUUUCAGAUGAAUCGGUCAAUCGGUUGUUGGGUUGCUGCCCCUGAAUUGGUAAUUUUGAAGAAAUUUUGCUGUUUUUGGUUAUUAUCUUGAAUAUUAUUAUAGUUAGAGAUAAACUGUAAACAGCAAUAAUGUUCAGCAAAGUAAGAUCUACAAAUAAGUCAACAUGACCAAAAUGGUCAGUUGACCCGUUUAGGAGUUAUUGCCCUUAAUAGUCAAUUUUUAACCAUUUUUCGUUAAUUAAAGUAAUCUUUUACAAAAAUCUUCUCCUCUGAAACUACUUGGCCAAAUUAAUCAAAACUUGGCCACAAUCAUCUUUGGGGUAUCUAGUUUAAAAAAUGUGUGGCGUGACCUGGUCAACCAACCAAGAUGGCCGCCACCGCUAAAAAUAGAACAUAGGGGUAAAAUGCAGUUUUUGGCUUAUAACUCAAAAACCAAAGCAUUUUGAGGAAAUCUGACAUGGGAUAAAAAUGUUUAUCAGGUCAAGAACUAUCUGCCCUGAAAUUUUCAGAUGAAUCGGUCAAUCAGUUGUUGGGUUGCUGCCCCUGAAUUGGUAAUUUUGAGGAAAUUUUGCUGUUUUUGGUUAUUAUCUUGAAUAUUAUUAUAGAUAGAGAUAAAUUGUAAACAGCAAUAAUGUUCAGCAAAGUAAGAUCUACAAAUAAGUCAACAUGACCAAAAUGGUCAGUUGACCCCUUUAGGAGUUAUUGCCCUUUAUAGUCAAUCUUUAACCAUUUUUCAUAAAUCUUAAGUAAUCUUUUACAAAAUCUCCACUGAAACUACUAGGCCACAAUCAUCUUUGGGGUAUCUAGUUUGAAAAAUGUGUCCGAUGACCUGGCCAUUCAACCAAGAUGGCCGCCACGGCUAAAAAUAGAACAUAGGGGUAAAAUGCAGUUUUUUGCUUAUAACUAUGAAACCAAAGCAUCUAGAGCAAAUCUGACAAGAAGUUAAAUUGUUAAUCAAGUCAAUAUCUAUCUGCCCUGAAUUUUUCAGAUGAAUUGGACAACUGGUUGUUGGGUUGCUGCCCUCCAAUUGGUAAUUUUUAAAGAAAUUUUGCCGUUUUUGGUUAUCUUGAAUACUAUUAUAGAUAGCGAUAAACUGUAAACAGCAAUAAUGUUCAGCAAAGUAAGAUCUACAAAUAAGUCAACAUGACCUAAAUGGUCAAUUGACCCCUUAAGGAGUUAUUGCCCUUUAUAGUCAAUUUUUAACAAUUUUCAUUAAUUUGGUAAAUUUAUGUAAAUUUUUACCAAAUAUAGUUCUCUGUUACGGUACUAAUGGGCAAAGUUCAUGAUAGAUAUAAUUGUAAGAAGCAAAAUCAUUCAGUAAAGUAAGAACUUCAAACACAUCACCAUCACCAAAAUACAAUUUUGUCAUGAAUCCAUUUGUGUCCUUUGUUUAAUAUGCACAUAGACCAAGGUGAGCGACACAGGCUCUUUAGAGCCUCUAGUAUGUCUAUUCUGUGAGUCCCAUUGCACUAGAAGCUCAGUUUGCAAUCAGCAAAGAAGGCAAUACCUUUCAGCAUUUUGAUUACUCUAAAUAUUAGUUUAGUAGGGAAGACCAAUCGUGUUCAUGAUCUAUUUUUUACAUAGUGAUGAAAGAUCAUCUGUCUUAUCUUCAGUAUGAUAAAACAUUAAAAUAUGAGGGACUAGUUGAUGUAAAUGUUUAUUAGAGAGUGAUAUUUUUUAUACAAGAGAUUUUAUAUGGACAAUGUAUGAGUGAAAACACAAAAUGUGUUGAUUGAUUUGAAUAAAUGACAUAAUAUAUAAA